UCUGUAAAACCUUUAGAAAUGGCGCAGAGAGAAAUUAUUGUGUUGGUUUUAAGUAUGUUGGUAUUGGUAGCAAUUUGUGAGGGACUCAACGAGUUUGACUACUUGCAGGUUGUGAUUCAAUGGCAACCAGCUACUUGCAGUGAUUAUAAUAAGCCUGCAUGCUUUCAAGCCCCAGGUAAUAGAUUCAGUAUCCAUGGCGUGUGGCCCAGCCUAUACGAUGGCUAUCCAACCCAAUGUUCCGGUAGUCCCUUCGAUAGGAAUCAGAUCAGCGGACUACAACCCGGAAUCAGCGAAAUUUGGCCAAACGUAGCGACAGGCGACAACUUUUGGCUGUGGCAACACGAGUGGGACAAGCAUGGAACAUGCAGCGAAUCAACAUUUUAUGACCAGCAAGAAUAUUUCGGAUUUGGAAUGGAUGCAUAUAUUCAUAACAAUCUCCAAGUUAUUCUGAGUAACAACCAAAUUACACCCAACGGACGAACAUACACAAGGGAUCAAGUGUAUGCAGCAAUUAGAGCAAAAACUGGAAAGACGCCAGCCGUUCGAUGCAACUACAACAGCAGGACUGGAGCAUCGCAAUUGCAUGAAAUAUCUCUGUGUUUCAAGAAGGAUGCUUCUGUUUUUGAGGACUGCCCCUUAAACGCCAAUAAAUGUGGUGCCUCUUUCGUUUGGAAUUCGUGGAACACUGUGAAGGCUAUAUCUGAAGAGUAGAACUCAUGAGUUGUACUCUGUGAUAAAUGCCUCCUCCAUGUUCUCUGGGGCAUUAUCAAAGUUUUUAUGUUUCUAAAUAAUUACUCCCGAGUUUGUGAAGGAUUUAUGAAUAAAUUAAAGUGUCUCGAGACUUAUAAAAAAAAUUAUGCUUGCACUUCUGUUUUGGAAUCUCUCG